AAAAUAUUUCUACUCCGUGAGGUGGUUAACAAUCGAACAAGCAUUCAACUCUGCCCUCAUCUCUGCUCGUCUACGAACCCUCUGUAAAGGCCUCCGAAUUUCUACCGCCACAAUGUUUACCGGCCUAGUCGAGACCCUAGGCACAGUCACCUCCCUAACCGACCUCGACCCCUCCGUGUCCGGCGGCAACGGCACAUCCUUAACGAUCUCAGACUGCGCCGACGUUCUGUCUGAUGCGCAACUAGGCGACUCCAUCUCCGUAAACGGGACAUGUCUGACCGUCACCGAGUUCGACAAAUCCUCAUUCAAAGUCGGCGUCGCGCCCGAGACCCUCCGCCGCACGAACCUCGGCCGUCUACGCGAAGGAUCCCACGUCAACCUCGAACGCGCAGUCGCCGCGAGCACGCGGAUGGGCGGACACUUUGUGCAAGGACACGUCGAUACCGUCGCCACGAUCGACAGUGUUACACCUGAUGGCAAUGCGUUGACGUUCCGUCUGCGGCCCCGGGAGUCCAGCGUACUGCGGUAUGUCGUGGAGAAAGGCUAUAUCACGCUUGAUGGGGCGAGUUUGACGGUGACCAAUGUGGAUGAUGCACGGGGCUGGUUUGAGGUCAUGUUGAUUGCGUAUACGCAGGAGCGGGUCGUGAUGGCGAAGAAGCAAGCCAGUGAUGAGGUCAAUGUCGAGAUUGAUGUCGUGGGGAAACUUGUUGAGAAGAGCGUGGUGGGAUAUUUUGAGGGUGGGAAAGAUGGUGCUCCGGCUAUAUUGGAGAAGAUUGUGGGACGGUUGGUUGAGGAAAAGCUCAAACAGCAGCGGUGAGGUGUGUCACAGCGAUUGAAAGAAGAGCGAGGCCGGGGCCGCAACUGCCACAUGGUCGACUAGCAGCUGAUAACGAGGUGGAAGCCGCUGAAGCAUCGACUGCGGCUCAUCUCUGGGUCGUUUGAUCACUGGAUGAGAUACGGGCGGACAACUGAGUACGGAUACCGUUGCAAUGAUGUGGGUAGAGGACACCGAGCACUACACAGCCGACAGAGGCUGCACCUCACGAGCCGUAUGGUGUUCCCUUGAAGGUGAUGUUGACUUCCAAUGAGCGGUGGAUGCUUCUAGCGACCCUA